UGGGCCUGGACGCAUUUUUUUCACGAUGAGUCAUUUUAGCUAUAAACAUAUACACUAGUUGUUGUUAUUCAGAACAAUAGUAUCAGUUCAAACCCCAAUCGUGUGCAUUGCCCCGCGGAGCCAACUAGUCGGUGGGAACUGCUUUGGCCGUCCGAGCUUUCGGCAAUACCCAUUCGAUCGAGAACCCAAGGAUCUUUCCUUUCCUCCGAUGCAUAACUAUAGAAGCCAAGAUGCCACCGAAAGUGAGCAAUGGGACAGGAGUCGGUGGGAAACCACGCAGGGACGUGCUGGCUUCGGUCAGAAUGGCCUCCAUGGACGAAGUCUCCAGGGCUGCUCUCCCAGCUGGUAUGCUCGACCUUGGCCGAAGGAAAAGCGAUAUCCAGUAUAGCUAACGAAUGGCAGAGAUUAUGUCCUCAGUCCUAGAUUACCUUUCCCCAGUCGACCUGAUUCGAGUAGCACGAUCGUCAAAACUUUUGCGCGAGAUCGCUUACGAUGACACAAGAUGGGUACAGUGGCUGAAACGCAUGGGCUGCUGGAACGAGCUAGAAGCUAGGAAACAUGUUGAAGAAACAUUUGGGACCAUUGCGGAUGUUGAGAGUGUUAGACAAAAAGAAGCCGCCGAGCAAUCUCAGCGAUCAUCUCUCGUGGGCGCAGACACAGAAAAUAAACCUCAAAUAAGUCUCAAAUCACUGUCCGAUGGUUUCGAUCAAAUAACGCUGUCUACACCUGCUACCACCGGAAAUGUGAAUGAACUGGAAGACGAUCCAGUCUUGGGGGCGUUACAGCAGGUUAAAUCAGUGCGCGGGGAAGCUCGCAAUGAGUACGGCAAAGUUCAUGCUGCUCUUGCGCCUUUUUACAACGAUAUCACCACUGCAGGAGCCUCUCCAGAUAAUUUGUUGUUUAAGAAAUAUACCAACCCACAACACCAAGCUCAGAUUCUAUUCCAAUUGCAAGCUUUCGCCAAAUGUGACUUGACGGAGGGCUGGCGUGAGAGGUUGUCAUACCUGCAGGAAGCUAUCUCAAUGUUUGAAACAGCCGCUAUCAAGGAAUUCAGACACGGUUACGAAACCGAAGAUAUCGACAAUAGAAUGCGGCAGUAUGCCCACGUACUCUACAAGUUGAACGGUGGGGCUGCAGCUGUCGAGCUCUUCAUCCACCAUAACCAUCUUGUCACACGAAGGUCGGAUUACGAUGUGCUGUACCCUUUUUUGACCGCGAUCUUCGAUGAAUUGCACCGCAUCAACAUAGAAUCUUACUUAACCGCAGUUUCGAGCACAUUCGCCCAAUGCAUGAAUCUCUCUGAUACCCUGUUACCAAUUCAAAGUUCAGCUGUUAAUUUCGAGGAGUUUUUGGAUCAUGUCAUUGCUAAAGUAUAUGAGCCGCAUAUGGACUUAUACCUUGCGGAGGAAUUGGACCAUUUUCGGAAAUGCUCUGAAGCCGCAGUGGAUGAGUGGGAUAGACAGCUUUCUGAACAGGCUGCCUCGACGGAGUCAUUUCUCAUGUCCAAUAUAAAUAGACAAGCCGAUAAGAAGGAUUUCCUAACUUCCUUCAAGAAGGUCAUCAUGGCCCCUGUCAAUCUUCUUCCGAGCUUUUCAGGGACCAAGGCAAAUGAGUCAAAGUCGGACGAGGAGUCUUCUGCUGGCGACGCUUCGACUUUGAAGGGCCAGAACCGAUUUUCGACCAUUUCCAUGCCUGCCACUCCUGUAGCCGAAGCCCCUACAACUGAACUUGCAGCCAAGGCCGCUAUCAUGAAAUCAAAAAUGGAAGGUAUCCGUUCCCUUUUCAGCAUCGAAGUCGCCUUGAGUCUAGUCCAUGCUGCAAAGUCGGGCCUGGAGAGAGCUGCUCAAUUUGUUCGGAUCGGAGGGGACACCGGUGCCCUUGCGAAGCAGCAAUGUGAGGCGAUAUUUGUUACCCUGGUACGCAUUCUAGGGCAUCGCCAUCUUAUCCUCGGCUUUGACAAAGCAGUCGACCAUCUAUCUAACUACCGACCUCGCGAACAAGGAGAGCGCGAUCAAUCGGGUGUUGAACCCUUAGUGACCUUUUUGGAGCUCGUGAAUGUUGGCGAUCUCAUUCUCCAGAUGAUCGAUGUCUUUUAUGAACAAGAACUCAUUGGCAAGAAGCUGACUGAUCGUAAUGACUUUGUUGAUCCCGCUGUAAAAGAGAAGAAGAAAUUUGAACAGAAUCUCGAUGAAAGAGUUGCUGCAGGGCUCAACAAAGGAAUUGAUGUUCUUAUGGAAGAGGUAGACUACAUUCUGGCAACACGACAAUUAGCGACAGACUUCAACCCGAGUGUGUCCACAGACCCAUACCGGCAGACUAUGGAUGUAAGCGUGUCUGAAGCGGCAGUUGCGGUGGUUGAUGUGGUUUCCUCGCAUACCCAAAUGCUCGUUGGGAGUACGGAUAAGAGCACACUUGACGUGUUCAACCAAGAGGUGGGGCUGCGCCUUUUUACUGCCCUGUGCAAGCAUCUGAAACGUCAAAGAAUCAGCGUUGAGGGAUCCUUGAAGCUCAUCAGUGAUAUGAACCACUACUUCAAAUUUAUUCAGAGAUUCAAAAACAAUGAGCUUCUUGUCUACUUCAAAGCUUUCCGUGAACUCUCUCAGAUCUAUCUUAUCGACCCUUCGGACGCCAAGGAGCUCGCUACUAUCAUUGCAGAUUCGGACCGGUUUCAAGGAAUCUGGACGGUUGAAGAUGUGUGCGAAUUCGCCGAACGACGAGCAGAUUGGUAUCAGGUGAAACGAGACGUGGAACGAGCCAUGUAUGGGAUCGGAUGCAAUCUUAUGUGAUGAACGGGACUUUCAAAUAUACCCACGGCAUUACGACAUGUAGAUUUAAAGGAGAAUACCCCCAUUUACGCGUUGCAUAUAUACAUAUAUACAUCAUUGGGCAGCUGGAUAUGUUACUAUAAGGCUCCGGAACGCCCGGAAACUACGAUUUGAACGACACUGUCAAUGAUAUGGC